ACCGAUUGCGUUCCGGGUACGAAUUGCACAGUGACAUGUUGUCUUCCGGUUAGCAAACAUGGCGCAGGGUUCGCAGAAGUUUAAAGCUCAACGUCCUGGAGCCACGAAAAAACAUCAACAGAACAAACAGAAGGGCCCAAAGAAAGGAGGGAGGAUUAUCGCACCCAAGAAGGUUCAAGUAAUUCAACAACAGAAGUUAAAGAAGGGCCUGGAAGUCGCCAUCAGAAACAAGAUUGAGCAGGACGUGACCCAGAAGGCGAGCUCAUCCCUCCACAAGCCGCUGAGCGUGGUCAAAGGUUCUGAGGGCAAAGGAAAGGCAGGAAGCAGCUCCAAAUAAGUGUCGAGGUGCUACAACACACCUCAGUGUGGAAGUACAAUGGAUGAACACUGUACGACUUCCAAGCCGUCAAGGUUGGUAAGCUUCGUCUUAACAGUGAGCAUCCAUAAGUUUGUGUUUGUUUUCUUCAGCUGUAAAAACAUUGACUCCUGUGGACAUUUGUUUUUGUAGUGUGCACAGACAUGUCUACGCUCAUUUAAGAAAUGCUUUUUCCUCACGGAUGGUUGAGUCUUCUUUGGUUGUUAGAUUCCUUUAAAUGGAUUCUUGAAAUGCUGAAAGAAUGCUAGAAGUUGGAAAAAGGUGCAAAAUAUUAUAACAUUUGUAGUAACGGGGUUAAACGGUGUGAUCAGUUUAUUACUACGGUAAAUAUGCUUUUAUUGCCAUCUAGUGGUGAACAUGAAUCAAACACUGACCUGCAAGACAGCGCGUCACAAGACGUGUUCAUUGUGGCAAGGAAAUAAAGUACUUUUAUUGAAAAAAAAAAAGCUGUUUAUAUGAUUACUUUUUGAAAACUGUAUGCCGAGCCUUACUUUUUUCAGACACACUUGAUUUUCAUUUGUUUUUAAUAUUAUUUAACACUGUUUAGUUUUAUUAUUUAACCCAUUUCAUCAAUCUACAGCAUUAUUAUUAAUCAGUAGAGCGUAAAAUGAUCAUGGUCAGUAUGCAUUUAUAUACUGUAUUGUGUGUGUGUAUUUAUGUAUGUGUGUGUAUAUAUAUGUGUAUAUA